CCGGACCACAGCGCUCCCCUUGCUCAGUCUGGCCGGCCCCAUGUUACUGAGCGGAGCUCCUCCGGCUGGCUCCGGCCCGGGGCCCCGGGCGCAGGGGAGCGCGGGGAGCGGCCCGGGGGGAUCGCGCCGGAGCGCCGGGGGUGCAGGAGCUGGCCCAGGAGGGGGCGGCAGUGGCGGAGUGGCCAAGUGGCUCCGGGAGCACCUUGGCUUCCGUGGGGGGGGCGGCGGCGGAGGUGGGAGCAAGCCGGCGCCCCCCGAGCCGGACUACCGUCCCCCGGUACCCUCUCCGGCCGCACCCCCCGCGCCACCCCCGGAUAUCCUGGCCGCCUACCGGCUGCAGAGGGAGCGCGACUUCGAAGACCCCUACUCCGGGGUGCCGUCCGGCUCCGCUGCCCUAGCCACCCCGGCGGUUCCCGGCCCCACGCCGCCCCCGCGCCACGGCUCGCCUCCCCACCGCCUUAUUCGGGUAGAGACUCCUGGCCCCCCAGCGCCCCCGCCCGAGGAGCGGAUCUCUGGACCCCCCGCCAGCAGCGACAGGUUGGCAAUCCUAGAAGACUAUGCGGACCCGUUUGAUGUUCAGGAGACUGGUGAAGGCCCAGCAGGAGCUUCAGGAGCCCAAGAGAAGGUCCCAGAAAAUGAUGGCUACAUGGAGCCCUAUGAGGCCCAAAAGAUGAUGGCUGAAAUCCGGGGCUCCAAGGAGACAGCCGCUCAGCCCCUGCCUCUGUACGACACACCCUAUGAGCCAGAGGAGGAGGGGGACACCCCGGAGGGUGAGGGGGCCCCCUGGCCCCGGGAGUCCCGCCUGCCAGAGGAUGACGAGAGGCCCCCUGAGGAGUAUGACCAGCCCUGGGAGUGGAAGAAGGAACGGAUUUCCAAAGCCUUUGCCGUUGACAUUAAGGUCAUCAAAGACCUACCUUGGCCUCCACCUGUGGGACAACUGGACAGCAGCCCCUCCCUGCCCGACGGGGAUAGGGACAUCUCCGGUCCAGCCUCACCCCUCCCCGAGCCCAGCCUGGAGGACUGCAGCGCCCAGUUUGAAGGAACUGAGAAGAGCUGCCUGUCACCCAGCCGGGAGGAGAAGGGGCGGCUACCUCCCAGACUCUCUGCAGGGAACCCCAAGUCAGCCAAGCCCCUAACCGUGGAGCCCAGCAGCCCCCUGGGGGAGUGGACAGACCCAGCACUGCCUCUGGAAAACCAGGUCUGGUACCACGGGGCCAUCAGUCGAACAGAUGCCGAGAACCUGCUCCGACUGUGCAAAGAGGCCAGCUACCUGGUGCGCAACAGUGAGACCAGCAAGAAUGACUUCUCCCUGUCCCUCAAGAGCAGUCAGGGCUUCAUGCACAUGAAGCUGUCCCGGACCAAGGAACACAAGUACGUGCUGGGCCAGAACAGCCCACCCUUCAGCAGCGUCCCUGAAAUCGUGCACCACUACGCAAGCCGCAAGCUGCCCAUUAAGGGGGCUGAGCAUAUGUCCCUGCUCUACCCCGUGGCCAUCCGGACUCUGUAGAUGUGAGGCCCGGGCACUGUGACAGAUCUAGACUCAGCCCUGUGGCCGUCCCCUGGCCGAGGGCUGUGGUCCUUCCCCGGGAUAUGAUCUCCCAAGCCUUUCUAACCCCUCUCCCCUGGAUCGAGUGGAAGCUGGAGAUUUCUUAAUUUAUUCUAAAGAGGAACGGCUACGGGGGCCUUGAAGUAAGAGGUGGUCUGGAGCUGAGGAGAGAGGAAUCCUAGAGGAGAAAGCAUAGUCCCUGUUGGAAGGCGGCUUCAGAACCGCGGGUCUCCUGCGGGGUGUAAGAUUGCCACCUCCAGCCCCCUGCCGCCCGUAGGGCAGAGGGGCUACCCCGUUCCCCACCACCCUCUUCUCCCGGGGUCACUGCGGACGCGGGCCCGCGGGGACGCCCUGACCAUCUCUCCGCCUCCACUCCAAAACCACCGGCGGGCUCUGCCCAGAGUCUGGCGCGGAGCUCGGGGAAGGCAGACCCCUGGGAUGGAGAUGGCUUUGGGGCGGGAAGAGAAGAGGAACGUCUUGGGCUGGAGGGAAAUUGUGCGGUCCCUGGACCGCCCUGGCUCCCAGCCAGAGGCAAUAAAUAAACCCAGUUCUACCAGGCACAGUCGCGUCCGCGCCUCCAGCGCCCGCCUCCCCUCCCCUCCCUCCGGGUGGACGGGGUGGGGAGCGGCGAAGCGAGCACAGAUCUGUUUAUAAAUCAGCUCUAGAGCAGACACGGGCCGGCUGUGAAAAGC